UGUCUUCGCUUAAUUGUUAAAAAUGUUAUGUUUGUUGUUCUAUAGGUGUGAGGCUUUCUCUACAUAUCCGCGGACAUACGAUCUCCUGCAUGUCGAUGGCCUCUUCUCUGCGGAAAGUCAUAGAUGUGAAAUGAAGUAUGUUUUGCUAGAAAUGGAUCGUAUUUUACGACCCCUCGGGUACGCUAUAAUCCGAGAAUCCAGCUAUUUCGUUGACGCUAUUGCUACGAUGGCUAAGGGAACGAGAUGGAGCUGUCGUAAGGAAGAAACGGAAUACGGCGUAGACAAGGAGAAGCUAUUGAUUUGCCAGAAGAAGCUAUGGUAUUCAAAGCAAAGUUCAUGAUGAACUUUUAACAUCAAUAUACCAUAACAAAAGAUACCAAGCAUCAUAGAAGAUAAGUAAGUCUACACAGCUCAAGCAUAUAUAUAUAUGUAUGUAUGUAUUUGUUCAAACAAAUCAUCGAAAGUUGAAAUUUUGAAUCGACGAAUCAAUAGCCAAAAAAUAACCAUGCUAAUAUUAUGAUGGUUCUAUCACACAAUGUAUUCUUUGUAACGCUCGGAGCUUUUGCUUUGUGAGCUAAGCUGGCUCUCGGAGAUUUCUCGAUUAUUUAAAACGGAGCGUUGUGCUCUUGGAGUGUAUCCUAUUUGUAUCUUUUUUUGGAAGACAUUGUAGCUCCUUAUGUAUCUAGUUAGAUUUGUUGUUCCUUUGGAAAUUCUUCAAUUUGGGUGUAAUAAUUAAAGCCCAAUUUUUGUUCUCAUUGUGCAUUU